AUGGCUUUUCGUGGCGAGCGCUUCCUCGUCAACCUCGACGAUGAGACUCCGACAAUCCCGAAUGAUCCCGUUCCCUCCCCCUUCUCGCUAGUGGGGGAGAUCCGCGAACGCGAGCCCUCAAACGCUACACCGCCGGCCCCAGCACCUCCGACCCCUUCGGCCUCCUUGACCGGAUUCCCCGCGCACCGCCGUCGCAACAAGCCUUCCUCCUUCAAACAGCGACGAGCGAAGCAACAUGCGGAUGACUCGCCCCCUGAUGUGUUACCCACCCCCCAGGAUGACAAGCAGGCUAUCGCGGAGGAGAACCGCCGGCAUUUGGCGUCCAUGUCGGAUUCCCAGAUUGAGAAGGAACGGGAAGAGCUGAUCGCCUCCAUGGACCCCGGCUUGCUGAAACGUUUCCUCUACCGGGCCAAGAUCGACGAGGAUGAGCAAGCGAGUGCUGACCCGCCUCCUGCGCCGACACUGCUGCCAACCUCAGACGUGUCGGCGGCACCGAAGCCCCAGAAAUCCGUGUCAUUCGACCUUCCCACCCCGGCACCGGCACCCCAAACCAAACCACCUCAACCCGCGCCAAAUUCGUCUGCCAAGCGGCCUGUACAUGACGACUUUGCCCCUACCCAACCCCCGAAAGACCUCCACCCCGCCUCCGAGCGCCCAAUCCUCGACCCCGCGGCCAUCGAAACCUUCCACUUCCCGCAACCCACCCAACCCAUGCCGGCCCUCGACCCAUCCUCUCCAAACUUCCUUUCCGACCUGCAAUCCCACUACUUCCCUGAGAUGUCGCACGACCCGUCCGCCCUCGCGGCCGUCUCGAUGGCCCCGUCGUCCGUGCGAUUCUCGCUACGCGGCACAAUCCUCGCCCCGGCGACGUCGCUGGCGUUGCCGACGUCCUUGGGCCUGCAUCACCACGGCGAUGAUCCGCACGCUGCGGGGUAUACGAUUCCCGAGCUGGCGAUCCUGUCGCGCUCAACAUUCCCGGCGCAGCGCUGUGUGGCAUGGCAGGUACUUGGUCGGAUUCUGUUCCGCUUGGGCCGGGCCGAGUUUGGGGAUCGUGGCGGGCCGUUAUCGGAGGGGUUGUGGUUUGUCAUUGAGAAGGAAGGUGUUGUAGCGGGGAUGCUGGCCGAAGCGGAGGGAGCGGCGGGUCAGAGUCUGCCUGCGGCUCGGGGUGAGGAGGAAGAGAAGAAAGAUGAGGAUACGGACGAGAGCCCCAAUAAGCUCGUUGCGUCGGGCAUUGGCCGUCACGCCAGUGCCGCGGCAUGGGCUGUUGAAGGUGUGUGGUUAUGGCAGCAGGGCGGAGGGGGAGACCGGGGAUUGUUGAAGGAGGGCCAGACACGGCCGCGGUAA